AUGGGUGAUUAUAGAGUCUUGCAAGGCGAAUCAUUAGAAGCAUUCAAUGAAGGGAUUAGUCAUAUUUUGAAUCGUUGGUCAGCUGUUCGAACCGCCGUUGAUUCCAUGUGGGGUGGCAAUAACUCUCAUCUCAAAGCUCAAGAAUUAAUCGCCGAUGUUUGUUCUUGGUUCGCUCAAACAAGGGGGCCAUUUUAUAUUGAUGACUUGAAAACCUUCAUUCAUGAAGGCAUGAAUGAUGCUUUCGAUCUAGAGAUUAAUGAUGGAAGCGAUCAAGAUAUAGCUGGAGCACUAUUGUUUAUACGAGAAGAAUGCUUAAAUGGUGAUUUUAGGAAUAUCGAAUCUCUCAGAGACGCUAGUCAUAUUCCAAACUUUUAUCCACGUAUGGAAGAGUUUAUCGAGUUUCCUUUUCCUCCUCCUGAAGACACAGAUAGGCAAAAUAUCAACUCUAGUGAAAGCACUAUUGUGGAGGGUACUUCUGCCAACAAUUCAGUUUAUGAAACAAACUCAGAUUCUGUAAACCAACCAAGUUAA